AUGUAUGGAGAUUCUUGUGACUCUGACAGUUUUGUCCCAGAAAACUUGUCUGAUAUCACAUUUGCACCCAGAGACGUGUGCCCUAUCUCCCUGGAGGCCAAAGACAAUGUCCAUGGGCUGGGUUAUCGAGGGCUGGACCCAAGUCUAGCUCUGCCCAGCUCACACAUCAACCUGUUUGACACUGCCCCGCUCCGUCCACGUAAAGGUGGGAAGGGCAUUCAAGGACAGGCCUUUGGUGUGGGAGCGUUUGAAGACGAAGAUGAAGAUAUCUAUGCAAUGGACAACAUGUCUAAUUACGACAUCACCAUGAAACCUGACAAUGAUGAUGAGGCUGACAGCAAGUUUGGUUGGACAGCACCAAGGAAACAUGGUGAGACUAGGUUUGAACUCUGCAAGCAGGUUGUACCCGUGUCUUACGUUGGAAAACUGUUGGAAGGAUUCACCCUCUCCUCGCAACCGCUGGUAGCAAAAAAGAAAUUCCCACCUCCAGUUCUGCCUCCAAGGUUCAAACCCCAACACUGGUUCCGCAGGAGAAGAGAGGUCAGCCACCUGCCAGCGAGCUUGAUCACGGAUGAUCAGGGAGCCGGCCAGAGAAACAUUACUGCUGUAGACCGAGGACUGAUGCUGGGAGAGACUCCCAUUGUUGGCUCUGUGUUUGAUCUCAUCCCCAAAGAAGAGAAGGCAAGAAUAGAAGCCACAAAAGAGGCUAUCGCAAUCACUCAGCACUUGGCCACCACGGCUGGCAUGAAUUUAACCAGCUCAGGUGGUCUCUCAGAUUUGGCUGGCAUCACUAACACUUUCCUGGCCAAGUUCAAACCUGCUAGUGUAACCCAUGUUGAACCCAGUGAGGGUGGAGGUGAAAAGUUGAAGGUCAUGUCUGCUACAGCUCCACUGUUCCAAGGUAGUCUGAGCUUUCAGCCUUUCAGGAAAGAUACAGCAAAACAAGCGAGAUACGACACAUACUUGGCAGCUUUGAAACAAGGUGUUAAUGAUCCUUACUCAACCAUUGGGAGCAGUCAUCUGACGGAGUGGGAGAAAGCUCGAGAGAGAGAUGAGUUUUCAAAAGCUUCCAAGAUUUACCGACCCAUGUCUGCUUUGAUGUCAUCGCGGUUUGUGCGAGGAGCUAUGAUUGAUGAAGACAGAACUGAAGUGCCCCUGGACACAGAAAAUGAGAAAAGUGAUCGAGUAAAGGCUGCAGAGAUGAAAAUGUUUGGAAAAUUGACCAGAGAAGAGUUUGAAUGGCAUCCCGACAAGUUGUUGUGCCGUCGUUUCAAUGUGCCUAAUCCUUAUCCAGGAUCAGAUCUUGUUGGGCUGCCAACAGUCAAGAGGGACAAGUAUUCUGUGUUCAAUUUCCUCAACUUUGGUGAUUACCAGUCCGGAGAAUUUCAAGAACCGACAACAGCAAACAAGAACAAGGAGGUUGAGCCAGACUCCAGGGAAAGAACGCUCAAAUCUGUCCAGUCAAGGAGAGCCACGAUGACGUCCAUUUUUAAAGUAUUGGAUGACCCAGAUUUUCAUCAGCCUGUAAGAGACUUUCCUGUUCAGGAGAAAGUACUUGAUAAUCAAGAUAGCACACAGAACGACAAAAAUAAAGAGGCUGAUGACAAUGGAACCUCACCCGAUAAGGACUUGUUCCGUGCCAUUUUCAAAAAUUCAGAUUCUGAAAGCUCUAGUGAAGAAAGUACGGAUGAAAAGAAAGAGCAAGCAUUUAAAGAAGGGGAAGAAAAUACAAAUGGUAAGUCAUUUAUCCAAUUAUUUAUUUCUUCUAAAUUGAGACUGCUAAAUUUUUAUCAUCACCUGUCAAAUUAUCUCCCAUGUGAACACCCCCCUGCCAUCAUUUAUAAAUGUUCUUAUAACAGAUGCUUUAUUGUUAUUGAAGAUGAUCAUAUACAGACAGAAAGCAUAUCGUCAAGACUGUUGCCGCUUGCUGAUGAAGAGGAUAGUGGCGGGGAAUAUGGACCUAGUUUGCCUCCAGCACCAGGUUCAACCAUGGACUCG